GGGUUAUUUAAACAUAGUUCAAACUUCAAAGAGAAGUGGUUACCCGCCCUCAUUCUUCGUUUCAUCAUCGGCGCAGUUAGUUCUCUGACUCUGUCCAUGACCAGUUGCUAUUCCUUCCUAUUCUCACGCCACCAUUUCUAUUUUUCAACCCUAUUCUUAUAAUAUACUCCCUAUUUUUUUAUUAUUAAGGAGAAAGAAGAAGAAGAAAGAAAAAUUUGCUACUCAUUGCUGCAUUUCUAUCUAUAUAUCAUCUGUCUCUGAUCUGAUUCAACAAGCUAAGCUACAAUUAAUCACCAAAUCUGCAAAAAUGGCAUCCGAAAAGGAAAGGGACACCCAUGUUUACAUGGCCAAGCUUUCCGAACAAGCAGAGCGUUAUGAAGAAAUGGUGGAGUACAUGAAGAAUGUAGCGAAACUGGAUGUGGAGCUAACGGUGGAAGAGAGGAAUUUGCUGUCAGUGGGUUAUAAGAACGUCAUCGGAGCGAGGAGAGCUUCCUGGAGGAUCAUGUCUUCGAUAGAGCAAAAAGAAGAGUCGAAGAGCAACGAAAACAAUGUGAAGCUGAUCAAGGGUUACCGCGAGAAGGUAGAGGAUGAACUGUCCAAGAUCUGCCACCAGAUUCUAGAAAUCCUUGACCAGCACUUGAUCCCGUCUUCCAAAACCGGAGAGGCCACUGUCUUUUACUACAAGAUGAAAGGUGACUACUUCAGGUAUUUGGCAGAGUUUAAAAGUGACCAAGAAAAGAAAGAGGCUGCUGAUCAAUCACUCAAGGGCUAUGAGGCAGCUUCAAGCAUUGCUAGUGCAGAAUUGGCUUCCACUCAUCCAAUCCGUCUUGGACUUGCUCUCAACUUCUCAGUUUUCUACUAUGAAAUUAUGAACUCUCCCGAAAGGGCAUGUCACUUGGCUAAGCAGGCAUUUGAUGAGGCAAUUGCAGAGUUGGACACUUUGAAUGAGGAGUCGUAUAAGGACAGCACCUUAAUUAUGCAGCUCCUGAGAGACAACCUCACCCUCUGGACUUCUGAUAUGCCUGAGGAUGGAGGAGAAGAUAGCUCCAAAGCUGAAGAAACGAAAGUGGAUCAAGAAGCAAUAAAGGGUCCACAACCAGAACUAGAAGGCCGGUAAUGGCAGAAUCUAGGAAACUAGGAUUAUGCAGAAGAGUAUUCUGACCAUGCAAACAGUUCCUUCAUUUUCUAUUCCAGUAGUUCCAAUUAUUUUCCAUUUUCUAUUUACCACAAGAACAAAAAGCUGCAUCAUCUAAAUUUAUGGUCCUCUUUCAUAUCAUAAAUAUUUAUAAAUGUACACAUUCAAGAAACGCCCUGCUUUGAUGUUAAUUUGUUUUUAUAUAUAAAUAAAGAGCUAAAAAAACUAACUAGAAUCAGGAAUAAGCCAAAAGGGAGGUGGUGUAAAUUUCUGCAGAUCAAAAUCAAGAAAAUGCUCGAAAGUAUUAUCCUUCAAACAGAGAACUCCCAUAUCAUGGCCUCCAUACGAGUAAUCCUCAUCGACCCUGUCCCAAUAAUCAUCCGUGAAGUAAAUACAGUCAGGUUUGCAGUUCGGAUGAUCCGACCCGAGCAGAGAAACCGAAUGGUUCCCUCCCAGAAACACCACCCGACCGUUCAAGGUUUUCACUGGCUCCCAUGUUUCUGUCCACAUGUCCAGCUUAUAAACACGGAAGCCCAUUGUUCUAUAAGGACAGAUCAUCAUAUCCCCGUCUUCAUACAUAGCUUCCUCAUAUACAACUUUACCUUCCUCAGUAACAAACUCUCCAAUGUGUCUAACCACAAAGAACAUCUCUCCAGAUUUGAAAGGGAUUAUAUACCACUUUCUUGCGUAAAGAUCUUCUGGGAAUUCUUCCCUGUCAUGAAACAACCCUCUGGGAAGUGGCGGAUGGAUGACUCCCUUUUUCUUUAAAGCAGAAGAAUCCCAUCUUUCAAUUGAUAAUCUUUUCCCCAAAGCAUACAUCAUACCAUUCAAACAAGUGAUGUCAUAGUAGGGCCCACAUUCGCCUCCUAAGUUCCUCCAAUCCUUGUCCCCAUUCCUGCAAUAUGCAACUUUAUCAUCUUCUCCAUAUAAAACAAAGACCACGAAAUCUUUGUUUGCACUAGGAUUUGCGGAAAGGACAGCUUUCUUGAUGGAAAGAAGGGGCCUUUUGUCCUCCAUGGGAGUGAAAACUCUUGCAGCAGAAGAACCUUUGUAUUCGACGAUCAGGUGUUCUUCUUCUUGGCCGGAGAAAGAAUGAGUCUUGAUGGAGGUGAUGUGGGGAAAAGUGCUUUUCUUUGGGAGUUGGAUUUUGGUUUGAUCGAAGGGGUUCAGAAGAAAAGGUUCUGAGGUUUCGUCCAAGAGGAUGAGCCAUCCAUAGGAGGAACCUAUGGGAAUGGUUUUCUUUAAGUUCUGGCGGACUACAUUGUUAUGCAUGAAUGAGGUUGUCUCCUCCAAUGGAAGCAAUAGAACUGGAGAAGAAGAACAGGCCAAUGGUGCCAUAUUUUUAUGGAUUGAAUAGGAAGAAGUUGUACGGGCGCGAAUGCUGUAUUUGUUAGGGACGGAGGGUUUAUAUAAGGUCAAGGAAAAAGAAUUCCUCAUCCAAUUCAAUUAG